AUGGCGUCUACCGUGACUAGCGGCUCGCUCGUCUACGAGCGCCGCGUAGUCGAGCGCGUGCACAAAUACCACUGGCCGGCCGUCCAGCUCAACGUCUGGAUCCUCGUCAUGCUUAUCGCGUCGUGCCUCAUCAUCGGCGUGUUUUCCACCUUUAUCCAGAUCCAGCAGGUCCUCCUCCUGCCAAUACCAUGGUACUUCCCCUACUACAUAACCGUCUCGGCCCUGACGGUGUCCUUCAUCCUCCUGCUGCUAUGGCUCAUAUUCCAACGCCGCCUGCUGCCGAGUAUCGUCAUGAUUGGCGGGUUUAUACUCUUUGUCCUGUGGCUCGUCGGCUUGAUCGUCAUAUCCAUCCAGCUGUGGGGGCCUGAGGGCUCGGUCAGCUCCAACUGCAACUUGUUUGUGUUUGGUGCCAACCCGCUGCCGAAGGGACAGAACCUGGAGACGCUGGCAUGGCUGCAGCAGAGGGGCAUCUGUCAGAGCUGGCAGGCUGUGUUUGCUUUUGGGCUGGUCGGGGCGAUUUUCUUGUUGUGGAUUAUGGUUAUGGCGUAUCAGGUUUUUGCUGAUGAUGCGUAA